AUGGAUCAUGAUAACAUGCAUAACAUGCCAUCACCAUCAUCAUCAAUGACGAAUCAUACGAAACCCCACAUGAUGAUGAUGCACAUGACCUUCUUCUGGGGCAAGAACACAGAGGUUCUCUUCUCCGGAUGGCCCGGGACAAGCUCCGGUAUGUACGCUCUUUGUCUCAUCGUCGUUUUCCUCCUCGCCGUAAUCGCCGAGUGGCUCGCUCAUUCUCGGAUCCUCCAUGGUGGUGACGCCACCAGCCGCGCGGCUGGUAUUGCUCAGACCGCCGUGUACACUCUAAAGACUGGCCUAUCCUAUCUCGUGAUGCUCGCUGUGAUGUCGUUUAACGGCGGCGUUUUUAUCGUUGCGAUCGCCGGGUAUGCGGUGGGUUUCUUGCUCUUUGGAAGCACUGCUUUCAAGAAACCCUCCGAUGACAAGAAAACCAAUGGACUUCUCCCGCCGUCGUCCGGCUGCGUUUGCUGAA